CCUGGGGAGCGGAGCACAGCGAACGCUGGCCAAGUGUUGAGCGGUUAAAUAAGAAAAGUGCCCGCCUACAACAAGUAGGCGGCUGAAAUCCCAGCCAGUGUUCUGCGCCAGCUACUUCAUCGCCCGAGGACCGAGUGCCAGUGUCUCAGUGUCAGCCUCAGCCUCAUUGCUCCAAAGUCGACCUGCCAAAGACGAAGAAGACGAGUCCUGCAGCCUUAUUCGUCCUGUUCUGGGUGCGAUAAGCGUGUAAGCCUAACAUAUGGCACCCAGCGUCGAUGCCAGCCGUCGGCACUUCUUGCGGUGUGCCGAUUAUCAUGGCAAGCAAUGUACAACAACGGCAGCAAGAUCCAUGCACCACAACUGAAGAGCCGAAGCACCAGCGAGCACGACGAGCAGCCAAAGGUCAGGGUUCAGCGGCGGGAGCAUGCCAAUCGUGGUCUAGUCAGCGAUCUUCGUUUCAUCACCAGCAGGAGCAGCAGGAUCGGCAGGUUGGCCAGCAAAGGGAGCAAGUGCAGCAGCAGCAUCAGCAGCACCACCACCAGCAGAACUAUAGAAAUCCUCGCCAGCACGAGCUACUGCAUCACCAGCGAAAAGUGCCGCCGACAAUCCCCGCCCGCGGUCGCCUUUUGAUCAGCGAAGGAGCUCGUAGGCGCGAGGUGAGGGGCUGCGGGGCGGGGGGCGGCGGUCUCCUAUGCUGCAGCCUGGACGCACUGAGUCGUCCCGCCAAGCUACUGCAAUUCGGAGUCCUCCUGCUGAUCCUGCUGCUCGCCACCCAUGGAGAUCUUGUGCAAGCGGAGGGCAAUGUUGGCUGCCAGUUUGUUAGGACGCUAUGCAUACCGCACUCCGAGGUCUGCUACGAUGAUAACAUAUUCGGAAAGUGCAUUCCAACCACCGGUGUGGACGUUGAGGACAUUGAGAAGACACCACUCACAGAGGAGCAGUCCCGUGUGCUGGCCACCAUGCUGGAGGAACUCCAGGGCGCCGGCUUAGGAUGGGACCAUCCGUACGUGCAGUGCCGCAUCCAGGGGUCGCUCUUCUCGCUCCAACGGCAACAACAACUGCCGCCUAAUCUGUGUGCGAAUCUGGCGCCGGCUCCGCCGGAAUUCGGGGAUCCGGCCAGUGCGAUGGCCUACGUGCGCUUCACGCCGCCAGAAGCGGAACCGGAAAUCGAGUACUACGAGCAGCUCUAUCCGGUGCUGCAGAAGAAGCAGAAUGCGGAUGUGGAUGACAUGUAUCUCAAUCGAAUGCUGCAAGAUCGUCGCAGGCUAAGGCAUGAUCCCUCUGAACUGGAGCACUUUGGCAAGCUGGACGGGCAUGGUCAUGUGGGUCCCCAAGUGGAUGCACCCAGCAUAAUGGACACCUUUUUGGACACCGAAAGGCAGAGGAUCGAACGGGAACAGCAGAUGGCGGCGGCGGAGCAAGAUGCCGAUCGCCGGAAUAGGUUGGAACUAUACCAAAUUCUGGCCGCCUCUGAGCCCGAUCCUCAGCCCUACCAAAGGAAACAGCCAGCGAAUGCCAUGGAUCAACUGGAGGCCAUUGUGGAGCAGCAGAAGGAGCAGCAGCAGAAGGAGCAGCGGCAGCAACAGGAGCAGCAGGAGGCCAAGGCGCCGGUCUAUGUGCCACCGGAGGAGGUGAACGAGUCGAGUGAACUCUACUUCCCGGACAACUUUGCCCCCUUCAAAAGAGCAAGGGGUCGCUUCAGGGGCGAAUUGGCCCGGGAAGUGGAGGAUGAGCCACCCAAACGUUCCUUCUUCCGGGAACUGGCCGGUGAACAGGGCUUGGAGCAGGAGAAGCCUCUGAGGCACUUGGCAGCCCCUGCUGAAUCCUCACCAGACCUGGCCAAGCGUCGUCCCCAGCCGGAUGCCUACGAUGUGGGCCUGCAGCAGCGGGAGCUGGCCUUCGAGUCGGGUUUGCUGAGGAACUCGCUAACCCCUCUCGAGGAGGAGGCCAUGCUGGCCUCCAACAGUUUCCCGCGCCAGUCCAAAAGCCAGCGCGUUUACACCGAGGGCGGACUGCUCCUGAUGCCGCAGGACAAUGACCAGGACAACGAGGACAUGCAGGCCGAUGAGCCGGAGAGUGUGAAGCAAUCGUUGCUGGCCAAUAUGCUGGGUUUUGCCAGGCACGAGCGUCUGGACGUGAAGAAACCAGGUCCUUUGCUGGGACCUCCAGCCACGGGCUCCGCCGAGAUGCAAUCCAAUCAGCUGGAGACGGACAAACUGGCACGCAGUGGCAACAAGGAGGUCCUGCCCGCCCACAUCAAGGGCAAUGGCAAUGGCAAUGGCAACUCCGACGAGGAUGAGGCUCACAAGAAGAAGAAGGUCAUGAAGCAGCAGCACUCGGCCGAGGACCAUGCGCCGCACACCGUUGACACUGAAUAUGUGCAUGUGUUCGUCAAGAACCCAAUUGACAGUUGGAACGAUGGGCAGCGCAUAAUGAAGGAGCUGGAGCAAAUACUACACAUGCAGGGAUACUUUUCUUAUUUAACCGUUCAACAACACGAAGUCAGCUUCCGGGUGAACUCAAACAACCCCGAGCGCAAGACGGCCGGCGAUGUGGCACGAACGAUCAACGAGAACCGCGGCGUGAAGAACAACAUCCAGAGGCGCGUUGGGUUCUAUGUGCUGCAUGCCGGCGUGGGUGACGUCAUCAAGGACCUGCAGGACCCUAGUGUUUCCUCCUCGCGUAUCGAACUGGCCGAACAGGGACCGGAUGUCACUCACAUCAUGGCUUACAUGUUCGCCGGUGCCGGAGCAGCCGCCGUGAUUGUGAUCUUUGUCACUUUAAUUCUGAUCAAGCGGCACGAUCGCAAGCGGGACAAGCUGGGCGGUCUGCAGUCGGGCAUCGCGGGUGCGGAAACCUGCAGCAAGGACUACCAGGAGCUGUGCCGCGCCAGGAUGGCAGGAAAAACCACCAACGGCAGCGGUGGCAAUGCCGCGAGCGGAACUACCAACGGCGGUGGCUCAAACGAACCGGCGCAAAGUGGACGGAUCACAUCGCUGAGCAAGGAGAACGAGGGUCGACCACCGUCCUCGCGAUCCAGCACUUCGUCCUGGAGCGAGGAGCCCGCCUUGACGAACAUGGACAUCUCUACCGGACACAUGGUGCUGUCUUACAUGGAGGAUCAUCUGCGCAACAAGGGUCGAUUGCAGCGAGAAUGGGAGGCUCUGUGCCGGUAUGAGGCCGAGCCCAGUGCUCGGGAAGCCGCCUCCCAGCCGCAAUGUGCGGGUCUCAAUAGACCCGGGGCACCCUUGCCAUACGACCAUUCCCGCGUGGUGCUCAACCAUCUGGCCAACGCCGAAGGACUCGACUAUGUUAAUGCCUCAACGAUUACCGAUCACGAUCCACGAGCACCUGCUUAUGUGGCCGCCCAGGGUCCAUUACCAUCCACUUUGGCCCACUUUUGGCAGAUGAUCUGGGAGCAGGGAGCCGUUGUCAUCGUGGCCCUCUGUCGCCUCCAGGAAAAUGGCGAGGUGGCCUGUGCGCGAUACUGGCCGGAAGAAGGUGCCGAGGUCUAUCACAUCUAUGAGGUUCACCUUGUUAGUGAACACAUAUGGUGCGAUGAUUACCUCGUACGUUCUUUCUACCUGAAGAAUUUGCGCACCAGCGAAACCAGAACGGUCACCCAGUUCCACUUCCUCUCCUGGCCGCACAUGGGUGUUCCUUCCCAGGCCAAGGCUCUGCUCGACUUUAGGCGGAAGGUGAACAAAUCGUACCGGGGACGUCGCUCCUGCCCUAUUGUGGUGCACGGCAGUGCCGGAGCCGGUCGGACGGGAGCCUACAUCCUGUUGGAUCUGGUGCUGGAGAGGAUGAACAAAGGGGCGCGCGAGAUCGACAUAGCGGCUACGCUGGAGCACCUGCGUGACCAGCGGGCAGGUGUGGUGGCCACCCGGCAGCAGUUCGAGUUCGUUCUGAUGGCGGUGGCCGAAGAGGUGCAUGCCAUACUGAAGGCCCUGCCAGCGAACACUUCCGGAGAGAAGCGGGAACUGGACAAGGAUCCAGUGGUGGCGGGCAAUAGUGGUGGCACCACUUCCACCAAGGAGCCACUGAAGGAGGACAAGGCGCAGGAGGCGGCCGAGGAGGAGGCGCCCACCAGCAGUUCCAAGGCAGCCAAGGAGCGGCAGGAGAAGAAGGCCAAGGAUCAGUCCAAGGAGCAGUCAAAGGAUCAGCCCAAGGAUCAGCCGAAGGAGCAGAAGACGCCAGCCAAGCCGGCGAAGCAGGCGAAGAAGUAAACCAACCCAUACAAAAUCCCGGGUUGAAGGUUAAGCCUCAGGUUUUAUGAUUGUUGCAGCGUUUCGGGGGUCUUUCUGUUUGUUAUAGCUGGUAGAAGCAACAUUAAGUUCGAUUUUGAGUUGGCAUGAGCACUUGGAAGGUUCGAAAAAGGCCACACGAGAUUGUCAGUAGACGGAUUUAAUAUUAUAUUAUCUUUCGGUUACAUCUACACCGCGCCAAAUAAGCACAGGUUGCAUUGGAAUGUGGAAGUCCUCUAUGACUUUGAUAUGCUGCCCCGGUCUGCACCAGCCCGUGAGACCCGGGGUGCAUCCGGCCGGAGGAAUGGCAUUCCAGAUGUGACCAAGUGCGGUGCAAACAACUAUAGAAACGCACGAUAUAUAUAUAUAUACUAUAUAUAGCAUAUUUGAGUGUUAAAGGAUAUACAAGCAAACAAAUAUUUACAUGCAUACCUUAUACUUACAUAUACAUGUCUAGGUGUUUAAGCAUUGGAUUCAAUUAUGAGGCAUUUUACUUACUCGUCGUACAUUUAUCGAUAUCGAUGUUGGCAUUAAACUUAAAAACUCUAAUCGAUGUGCUUAAAAAACCAGCAAACGAACGACAACAAUCGCUGAAAGGUAUACAUAUGCCAAGCCAGACAGAACAGUAAACUAGACACUGGAACACUUAGACACUAGAAUACUAGCAGACUAGAACAUCAGACAUCACCAACCCACUUCUAAAUACAUAUACAAAAAUACAUAUACAAUGGAUGAAUGCAAAAUUUGUACCUAACAAAAGUUCUAUUUACAACAUGAAAGUGAAGAAGAAAGUUUAGCGAGGAAGCAACCUAUUGAUGUGUAUGACAAUUAAUUAUACAAGGAUAUAAUCGCAUUCAAAAAUAUAUUUGUAUACACCAUAUAUAUAUAUAUAUAUAUAUAUGUCAUUAACUAUCUAGCCAACAUACAUACUCGAUAUUCGAAGUCGAGUAUUGUUUUACCAGACCAUAUGUAUGUGUGCGAAAUUCAAGAAAUUGUUCAGUUAUCAAUCGCUCCUAAAACGUAAGCUACACUUUUUACCCUUCGCAGAGCUAUAAUUAUACUACAUUAUAUUAUUAUAUUAUAUUAUUAUAUAUAUUAUAUCAUAUUUAUCCACUUUAGAACGUAAGCGUAGCUUAAGUGAAUCCAUAAAUGUCAGAGGAACCGUGCCGAAGCUCCAACCUCUGCCGGCUAAUCUGUCUCCUUCGGUUUCGAACUCAUGAUCUAGAUCAUCUACUUCAUCAAAAACUGAGGCAGCUAGAAGCCAAGGAGCAGAUUGGAUUACUGGGAGCAGUGGGAGCUUCGUGUGCGGUUAAUAGUAUGUGCCACAACAAGCUUCGAACAUCAAAGAAGAGAAAAAAAUUAAAAAGCCCAAAAAAAAAAAAAAAUAUUGGACUAAGGAGCAUGUCCCAUAAAUGUUUCCUUAGCCAUCUGGAAUAACAUCACCAGAAAAAAAAAUAUCCCUACUCCAGGCACGACUUAGAACGAAUUAAAGGACAAACAGGAAUCGAACCACGCAAAAAGUAACUAAAGAAUCACACGGUACAAUACACACACUAUACAAAACACAACCCAAGACAAACGGCCACAAAGAUACAGUGACUACUAGCGCUUAGUGAACACCGAAAACCGAACCGAUUUAGAACAAACGAUUAGAAAAAAUACGAAAAACACAAAAAAUACAAAACGAAAUAAGCUCAGAAUUGAGGAGAACGUAAGUGCAAGUGCUGCAAAUUAGCAAAGAAAUAUUCAAAAAAAUUACCAAUUAAUUACCAUACUUAACAGUUUUACGUAGCAGUUGAACUUAAACAUAAUGAAAAUGAGUUAUCGUAGUUCGAAAUAUUCCAAGACGACAAAGAUAAGAUACAUUUCAGCUAAAUUUAAGCGACAAAAAACAAAAAACGAAAAAUGAAAAUUUAUUAUCUCGACGCAAAACUUAUAAUUUGUAAACAUUUCCUUCGUUUGAACAUAACUGACACUACACUACAAAAUAAAAGCAAAUGAGAAAUCAAUAUUACAAUAACUGUGGCAAGUCCGAACAACAACUCGGGGCUUGCAAAAAAAUUAUUAAAGUGGUAGAAAAAAAAAAACAAAACAAAUAUGAGAAUAGUUAAACAUAAUUGUUUUAGAGCAAAAUAUUUAGUAGUGAGUUUUUCGAUUGAUUUACGAGUACUUGAAGCAACGUUUUUCAAAGUUAAUUAAAGAAUACAUACAAAUACAACUACGACAAUUUCAAUUCAAAUGUUCUUCGACGAAACAAAUUAAAUAAGUGUACUAACAAGCAAACGUAAAUGUAUCGUAUUAUAGUCAAUCGCAUUAUAAAGGCAAUUAUUGAUGUAUAUUUCGACAUAACCAUAAACAUAAAAGUGUUAACGAUUAACGAGGAAGAAACAACAACCAUGCGUAGAAAAAUUGAAGGAACUUAAUUAUAAUAAAUAACUUACUAUAAAGAUAAUGCAUAAAUGUCUAACGGACUUUUUCAUUCAUAAAUAAAUAUAUAUAUAUUGAUAUAUGUAUAUAUAUAUAUAAAAUCGUACCUAUUGCGUGUAUAAAAGAAAUACACACAAGUCAAGCAUUUCAUCAUUUUCCCGAAAAAUAUUUUCAUUGAUGGUGUAACAUAGAUAUACAAAAUUAUUAUUUGUAAGGCAAAAGGAGAAGCAGAAAAAGAAUAAAUCGAAUCUGACAGAUUCCGCAGAUUGAGACAAAUGGGACCUGUUCUUGCACUUGACUUUUAACUUUUCACAAAAAACGGGGCAGAUCAGGUUGUUACCAGGGCACUGGGAUUCUUAAGAGAUGAGGACAUGACCGACUGACGCCAAGAACCCAGAACGAGGCAUACAAAAUGGUUUGAGUUCCUAAAGAAACAUAACCCUGACCAUCACUUAAAAUGAACCGAUGAAAAACCCCCAAGAACAGGCUGUAUAUACGCACAUUUAACUCCGGACUAGCAGCUAAUCCUGACCUUUAACCUUUGACCUACCAAGACAGAUACUGUUACAGAAAACUGACCGAUCGGACGGAAUUUAAUGUAAGGCCUACACAAUGAGAUUUUACGGAAUAAAUUAGGAUGAUCAAAGUGCGGCGCAACUUCAUGAACUGUUUCCACAAAAGUUAAAAAUCAAGUGAUUAUAACAGGAUUUCAAGACACUAAACUAACUUAUCAAACAGGCAACCAAACUUGAAAUCUCAAUGCCACAUAAUGUUUCUUUCUUUUUGCAGAAGGAUUGAGUUUGGUAACCGCGAAUGAUAAUAUACAAAUACAAAUAAAUACAAAGAAACACUAUAUACAGGCACCAAAAAUGUGGAAAAUAUUUGAAGCAUUGAUCAGCAUGCAAUUCUUGCUGUCUAAUUCAAUUAAUUAACGUGUAAGCAAAUUAAAAAAAAAUUAAAACAAAUAAUACGAGCAGGCUUUCAUACAUUUUUGGAAAACCAAAAUCAAGUAUCUGAUUAAGUGAGGCGUUUAGCAGAUAAGCGAAACAUUUAACAAUAUCGAUGUGUAUACAAUAUGCUACAUAUAUAUCUGUUUAGCCACUGGGCAAAGAUUUGUGUUAUUAAGCAAAAAUGAUGACGAAAAAACAAAAAUGAGAAAACCCCAAAAAAAAGGUAAAAACCAGCAAAAAAUUAUGCUGGCUGAGGCCACUAAUAUCUAAAUGUACUAAAACUGAUAAAAAAGCGAAAAUGUUAAUAUCAAGCUAAUUAUAAUAAUGAAAUACACCGAACAACUACACUCGAAGAAAAGAACAUGGAGCAUACCUAUUAAAGGUUUUUUGUGCAAAACUAAUUAAUAUAUGCAAUUUAAGUGUUUUAAACAUACAUAUAACAUUAAACAUGCUACAAUUAUUUAUGAGAAUUACAUAGCAACAUGUAUACCUACAUAUAUAUAAAUCUAUAUAUAUAAAUGUUAUUAACCAAUUUGAAUUUAUGAUGAAGAACGGAGAAGGAUAUGCAUACCAAUAUCUAAAUGUAUCGCGCCAUUGUGUAAUAUGCGCUACAAAUACAAGUUGAAAAUCACAAAACAAAAACAUAUUAUAUUCUGCUGCAUGUGUAAAUUAUAUAAAUGUAAAUUAAAAGAUACCAGAAAAACAGAAACACAGAAAAAAUGCGAACAAUUUUCGAUGAUAAACAGCAAGCAGAAAAGAAUAAGGACGAUGAUGACGAUGUAGAACCGGUAAUAAUUACGAUUAAUAUUAUAAUACGAACAACAAAAAUAAUAAAGAGACCCUUAAAGAAAA